GAUGUUACUAUUUGUCAAAUUUCGCCCAGAGUAGAAAUGCAAAUAACUUCGAUUUCAGGAAACCGUUUGCCUGUAAGUAGCUGAAGUUUGUUUUUUACACCUACUAAUUUAAGCAAAAGUUAUGAUUUCGCAUGUUUCUUGUUCUAGAUUCUUGCCUUAGAGAAGCGAAUUUAUCUCCCUAGGAUUUGUUUCUGUUUGGUUACAAAAUAACCCAUGUUGCUUCGAAAAGUAAGAAUAUCUGCGAGCUUGAAAAUGAUUACUGGUCUCAACAAUCUCGUAUUGUCCCCUGUUAGUGAUAAAAAUCAUAUCUUUUUGCAAAGCCCUCAAGUUCAAACAGCUUCAAGAAUUCAAUUUUUGCACAGUUCAAAGCCAAUUUCAAACAAUUCGAAUCAAUUUGUGCCUAAAUCCGUAGCUCAGUCAUCUAUUGCCCUAUCCACAGAUGGGAUUCGGCGGCCUGUGAAAGCUGAUGCACAGGCUGCAUUGUUUGACUACCUGCAUACCACUAGGGGAUUGAGUUUUCUUGAUUCUGAGCAUAUCAGCAAGAAUUCGCCUCGAUUUCUCGAGGGCCUCUUGGCCAAGGUUGAUUCUGAGAAGGAUGUUUUGAGGGCAUUGACUAAGUUCUUUAGGUACCAUCCCAUUAAUGAGUUUGAGCCCUUUUUCGAGAGUAUGGGCCUGAGCGAGAGAGAGUAUGCGCCUUUUCUUCCCCAAGAGUUGAUAUUUCUUAGUGAUGAUGAGCUCUUGCUUGAUAACUACCACACCCUUAGUAGUUAUGGUUUGCCUAGAUGUGAGAUAGGUAGGUUGUUUAAGGAAGUAAAUGAGAUAUUUAGAUACGAAUAUGGUGUGUUGAAUAUGAAAUUAAGGGCUUACGAGCAGUUGGGAUUGAGAAGGUCGAAUGUGAUAAAGCUUGUGAGUUGUAGUCCUCAGCUUUUGGCUGGUGAAGUUGAUAAUGCUUUUGUAAGAGUUCUUGGGAGAAUGAAGGAAUUGGGGUUCGAUAGUAAUUGGAUUGUAGGGCAUUUGUCUAGCAAAAACACAUAUAAUUGGAAUAGGAUGCUAGAAACGCUGUGUUUCCUUCAAGAGCUAGGCUUUAGUGAUGUGCAGAUGGAGGCAUUGUUUAGGGAAGAUGCUGCAUUAUUGUUUGCGGGAUGUGGGAAACAAGUCGAUAUAGUAGUUGCCUUGUUGGUCAAAUUGGGCCUUAAGGUGGAGGAGGUUCUUGACUUAGUGGUAAAAAACCCGCAGAUUCUUUCACCCAAGUGUGCCAAGAACUUCUCAAAAGCACUGGCUAUUCUCUUGGAGAUAGGAACGAAACCAGAAAUCACCGUGCAGAUUCUGUUGAGCCAUAUGGAGGUGUUGGCUUCACACUCUCUAAAAGGUCUAAAGACCGUGUUGAAGGAUUUCAACAGUGAUAAGCAUAGCUUAUGCGAGGCUCUAGAGAAGAAUCCAUCCACAUUCUUCAACUUGGCUUUCAAAACAAAAAAAAGUGGUGCUGAGUUUGUAGCUGCAAGGAGUCCAAACAACAUUGUGGAGAAAACGGAUUUCUUGCUGAGACUCGGCUAUGUUGAGAACUCAGAGGAGAUGGUUAAAGCUCUGAAACAGUUCCGGGGCAGAGGGGAUCAGCUGCAGGAGAGGUUCGACUGCCUUGUGGGGGCUGGUCUGGAUUUCAACACGGUGUCAGGCAUGGUGAAGCAGGCGCCAACGGUUCUGAAUCAGACGAGGGACAUUCUUGAGAAAAAGAUGGAUUGCUUGAAGAACUAUUUGGGGUAUCCAGUGGAAUCAAUUGCUGGCUUUCCAUCAUAUUUGUGCUAUGAUAUGAAGAGGAUUAGUCUGAGAUUUUCUAUGUAUGCUUGGCUUAGGGAGAAAGGCUAUGUGAAGCCUAUGUUGUCAGUGAGCACACUUCUUGCUUGCUCUGACGCCCGAUUCAUAAAAUAUUAUGUGAAUAUACAUCCUAAUGGUCCAGAAAUGUGGGAGAAUUUGAAGAGAUCAUUGGCCUCUGAUUGAGAUCAUUUUUGUUACCUAACCAUUCUUGUUUGUUGUACUGCUCUAAACUUCCUUAUUGUUUCUUGAGGAAAAAUGGCCAAUGAAUAAAUGGCGAAUGUCAAUUUAUGUCGGAAA